AUGCUCGCACCAAGGACAGGGCGGCAAGCCCUGCAUAGGGCAGUCGGAACCUCUCCCUCCCAAACCGUCAUUCUUCCGGGUUUCCUUGUCCCCGCCGCCUUCCAGACCCCAACCAGGCGAAAUUUCUCGGCGACAACAGCCCGCCCUUCCAAGCUUGGCAGGACGCCGCUCUCAAUACCGCCGGGCGUAGAGCUUGCGAUUAGCGACCUGUUUAUCAAGAAGGAUAUGACGUCGUAUCUCAAGACGUACAAGAGGAAAAUUACAGUCAAAGGACCUCUGGGGCAAUUGGAGCUCGAGAUCCCCGACUACGUCAACAUCGAACACGAUGCCGCCGCGAAGAGGGUAGAGCUGAGCGUGAAGGACCGGGACCAGAGGAAUCAGAGGGAGAUGUGGGGAACCACAUGGUCGUACCUCAACAACUACAUUAUGGGUGUAUCAGAAGGGCACACGGCAGUCCUGCGCCUCGUCGGUAUCGGUUACAGAGCGACGGUCGAGCCGCGGCCCAAGCAGGAGGAAUACCCUGGCCAGCAAUUCGUCUGCCUGAAGCUGGGUUUCUCGCACCCGGUCGAGUUGGGCCUGCCCAAGGGCAUGAAGGCCAGCGCGCCGCAGCCGACAAGAGUGCUGCUAGAGGGCAUCGACAAAGAGCAGAUCAUGCAGUUCGCCGCCAACAUUCGCAAAUGGAGAGUGCCCGAGCCGUACAAGGGCAAGGGCAUCUUCAUCAACGACGAGACCAUCAAACUGAAGCAGAAGAAGAUUAAAUAG